AUGGCCGAUCAAGGAGAACAAGCAUCAGGGAUGCUACUAGGCUCUUCUAAAUUCAUUGCCAAAGAAGAAUUAAUCAAAUUAGUGGAUAUACGUUUUUAUAUGAAUGCAUAAAAAAACAAUUAAAUUAUUUUAAAUGAUUACAAAUAUUGCCCAUAUUUGCUGAAAUAACAAAUUUUAUGAAAAAGUAUACAUACAUGGACCGAAAAUUCGAUGAGGAAAUUACAAAAAUUGAAGAAUGUGGAGGAAUCGAUUCAUUUCAAGAAUUUUUGGGUGUGGAGUUCAAUACAGGCCUCAAAACUGCAGAUAUUAAUGAAGAAAGAAUAAAUGCCUUCGGGUCAAAUAAAAAAGAUUAAAUUAGAGUUAAAUUACAGCGGGUCUGGACCAAAAAACACCCUGGAGAGCUAUCUCCAUGUGAUCCUCUUCUUUGGCUCCGGAUCAACUCUCACGUCAGAUCAUGCCAUUUUAAUAAUUUUAAUAAAAAAGAAAAAAAAAAUGAUACCUUUUGCGAGCUUUGCUGGGAUGCACUAGGUGACAAGAUUCUCAGAAUCCUUUUAGUAAUGGGGACAUUAAGCCUUAUAAUUGGGGCGACACUGGAAAAGCACCCAGAAUAUGCUUGGAUUGAAGGUUUUGCCAUUUUGAUGGCAGUCUUCAUUGUUGUCAUGGUAACCUCAACUAACAACUACUUUAAGCAAAAAAAGUUUUCUGAAUUAAAGAAUGAGCACAAAAAUCGAGCACUUAUAACAGUUUUGAGAAAUGGAGAAUAUUUUUCCAUGCACCCAAGUGAAGUAUUGGUGGGGGACGUUGUAAAGUUAGUCCAAGGAGAAAUUAUUCCAGCUGACGGAAUUCUUCUUACUCCCCCUUCUGUGAGCGGACAAAACUAUUGGAAAAAUCCAUAUUUUUGGGGUAAAAAAAUACCCUGCGUGAGCGAGCAAAAAACUUUUUUAAUGUAAAAUUUUUUAUUGAUACGUUAGUGAUAAUUAGUAUAAUCAUCUCUUGCUUAAUUUUAAACAGCUUUCAUUUCAAAAAUUAAAUUAAACAAAUUAAUAUUUUAAAUUUCGAAGAAAAAAAUUUGCUAUAUAAUUUUUAUAUAAAUUUUUCUUUGAAAAAUUAAAUUUGUGAGCGAACAAAAUUAUUUUGCUCGCUUGCUGAGGGAGAAGUCAAGGCUCAAAGAUUACAGACAAAUGAGUCUGCUCUUACUGGUGAAAAUGAUAAUGUUGAUAAAGAAGGUCACGAAGAGUGCUUAAAGAGACUUAAAGAAUGGAUGAAAAAAGGAACAAGAGCUGAAGGAGAUCACGCAAAAAGAGAAAUCCCUUCACCUAUAGUAAUUUCAGGAACUAAUGUAGUUGAAGGGAGUGGGGAAAUGGUUAUAAUUGCUGUUGGACAGUACUCAAAAGAAGGAAGAAUUUCAGGUCUUGCAGAACAAGAUGAAGAAAUGACUCCUUUGGAGAUUAAACUUGAACACUUAGCUGAUAGAAUUUCAGGACUCGGCUUAGGAGCAGGCAUCUUUGUCGUUUUAAUAUUAUGGCUGCGAUUUGUAAUUGAACUUGGUACUGGAGCUAAUGAAUGGGACACUGGAGAUAGCAUAACUGACUUGAUUUAUGCUGUAAUUGUAGGAAUAACUGUAAUUGCUGUCGCUAUCCCAGAAGGUCUUCCUCUUGCAGUCACAAUUUCUCUUGCUUAUUCAGUUAGAAAAAUGCAAAAAGAGCAAAACCUAGUUAAAAGACUUCAUGCUUGCGAAACAAUGGGAGGUGCAGACUGCAUUUGUUCAGAUAAAACUGGGACUCUCACAAAGAAUGUCAUGGAAGUCCAAAGAUACUCAGUUGAUGGAUCUGUAUAUGACCAACCCAGAUUUAAGAGUCUUUUUGAAAAGCAUGAAGAUUACUUUGCUUUCUUAAAAGAUGCUAUAUGUUUAACAUCAGCUGCAAGACUUGAAAAAAAUAAAAAAAAUGAUACAGUCGAAAUUGGGUCUAAAACUGAGCUGGCUAUGAUUAAGAUGUUAGUAUCUCUUGGACAUGAUGAUUAUAUGCAAAUUAGGCAAAAUGUUCAAAAAAGUGUCUUGGUAACAAAUCCAUUUGCUUCAAAAAGGAAAAGAGGAAGUGUCAUUGUUGGGUAUUCUGAAGACCUGGUAAGGAUAUAUGUCGUUGGAGCUUCUGAAUAUCUUGUAAAAUCAAGCAAAAGGCAGCUAUCUUUGGAUGCUACACAGGUAGAUAUUGACGAAGAUAGAAGACAAAGCUUAAAGAAAGACAUUGAAACAAUGGCUGGACAAGGUCUUAGAACUCUUGGUAUUGCUUUCAAAGAUUUGGCAGCAGAUGAAAUGGACAAACUAAACGAAUUUGACAAAAAAGGUGUCCCAGUUCUUGAAAAAAAUGGAUUGACACUGCUGGGGAUUUUCGGAAUUUAUGACCCUCCAAGAGAUGAAGUAACCAAAGCUAUCCAAGAUUGUAAAACAGCUUAUAUAAAAGUCCGAAUGGUUACAGGUGACAACCCUAUAACUGCUUUAGCUAUUGCCAGAAGUAUAGGAAUUGCUGAUGAUAACAGUAUAGCUAUGAUUGGAGAAGAUUUCAGAAAAGAAGUCGGCGGAGUUAUCUGUGAAGAAUGCAAAACUGAGCUAUGCGACUGUCCUAGAAACUCUAAAAAUGCUGGAGAUAAAAAAGUUAGAAAUGAUGUAGUUGGGAACUUUGACAGUUUUAAAAGGAUUAUUGGACAUCUUGACGUGCUAGCGAGAUCUCAGCCAGAAGAUAAAUAUGCAAGUUAUAAUAAAUUACUGUUUAUAGUUUCUAGUUCCACUAACAAAAAUAGGAACUUGCCAAUAAUUAGCGACCUCAUGGGCCAUUAUCCUGAAUCAAAUAUGGGGAAGACUUUCCAAAGAAGACCCACCAGCCCAGUUGCGCGUCUCACUUUGAGCUCUUUCGUCACAUAUUCUAAGCUCCUGCGUGUGCUUCACUUAAAUGUAUGUCACCUCCUCUUUAAAUUGAAUCAAAAUAUAGGAAAUUUCCUAUUUUUUUGGUAUUUUGAACCCCCUUAAAUUAAAAUAGGUUUUUGUAUUAAUAGGAAUUUUUUUUGGUGAAAAUAUUAAUUAGUGGCCUAUUUAAUCUAUUUUAAUUAAAUUUUAAGAUUUUUUUAUAAAGAAAAAAUUAAUAUAAUUUUUUUUAAAAAACAUAAUUGAACUCACUUUAAAUUGGUACAGGAUUUUUGUUCCAAUUUAACCCCGUCACUUAAAUGGUGUUGCUAGGUCAGGAUUCUCUGGAAAACUGAACUUCAUCAUAACAAAGUGAGUCCAGUAGGAAAUUUCAAAUAAGUCUCCGUUAUUAUUAUUAUGAAAAAUAAAUAUACACUUGUGACUGGACUAAAGCAAAUGGGAAGUGUUGUUGCUGUUACAGGAGAUGGCACUAAUGAUGCUCCAGCUCUCAGAAAAGCAAAUGUAGGGUUUGCUAUGGGAAUUGCAGGGACAGAGCUAGCUCAAGAAGUCGCCGAUAUUAUUUUACUUGAUGACAAUUUCAGUUCGAUUGUAAAAGCUGUAAAAUGGGGAAGAAGUAUUUACGAUAACAUUCAAAGAUUUAUUCAGUUCCAGCUUACUGUGAACGUUGUAGCUGUCACAUGCGCUAUUGUAGGAGCUGUUACAGUCAAGCAAUCUCCACUUAUGGCAAUCCAACUUCUCUGGGUCAACUUAAUUAUGGACACUUUUGCUUCUUUAGCCCUUGCAACUGAGCCUCCAACAGAUGCUUUAUUAAAAAGAAGACCUCACAACCUAACAGAUUUUAUUAUAACCCCAAGAAUGUUUAAGCACAUAUUUGGCCAAGCUAUUAUGCAAGUUUCUAUAUUAUUUGCAUUGUUUUACGCAGGAGAAUACUUCAUUCCUGAAUAUGGCUCAGGAAAAAGAAUUUUGUAUAACCCAAAGAGUGAAGAUCACGUCAGAUCAGGAAGGGACUAUCAUUUUGAUGGCGAAAAAGAUUACUAUGACUACUCUAGCGACCCUGAUAUAGGUCCAAGUAGAAUGAUGACUUUUAUUUUUAAUGUAUUUGUGCUAUUUCAAUUAUUCAAUGAAAUAAAUUCGAGGAAAUUACUUGAUGAAUGGUGAAUUUUAGGAAAUAUUUGUCAUACUUGGCUAUUUAUGGGCAUAUGGUUCUUUACUUUUGGCGUACAAGUUAUUAUGGUUCAAGUUGGCAGCUGGGCUAUGGGUUGCCAUUUAGAUGGCCUUACUGUUGAACAGUGGUUUAUUUGUAUAGCUUGGGGAUUUGUACCUAUUGUAUGGAGAUUUUUGAUUAUUUUGAUUCCGUUCAAGACAAAAAUACAAAUUGAUGAUAAUAAGCCAGCAUCGCAUCUUGCAAGCAGUAUUCAUAAAGGCAGUCAAAGCUUGAAACGCCAUGUGACAAGUAAUUAUAACCCUUAA